CAGAAAACAUCACAUUUAUUCGUCACGAUUGUUCUCACCUGUUCAUACACAGCUCCAUGACAUUGCCUGCCAACGACGCUUUCUCCCUGGCGCUCGCGCACUCCUCCGACUCGUCCUCCUCACAUUCACAUUCCGUCCCACGACGUCGCUCGCUCACCCGCUCGCCGUCGCCCAAAAUCACAUUCUCAGCGCCCUCGGGUCAGGUGCGGAGGAGGAUCCCGAAGAGGUCCGCAUCUGGGAACCUGAGCACAGGCGCGCCCGAUGGGGGGGCACGACUCGAGGAAGUUGAGGAGAUGCAGGAGGUCGAAAGGGGGCUUCUGGGCAACGGUACGCUGAAGCCCUCAGAUGAAGACGUCAAAAUGAAGCAGAGCGCACGGAAAGAGAACGCCGAUAAGGUCGAUUGGGAAAUUCCGAGAAAAGCGCUUCAUUCGUCUAUCGGCUUCCUGACGUUGUAUCUAUACACCUCGAACGGUACCCCGCAACCCGUUGUGCUCGCACUCGCGGGCGCGCUGCUCGUCAUCGUCCCCGCGGACAUGCUUCGUCUCAACUCACCCGCCUUUGCGCGCGUAUAUGAGCGUUUCCUAGGGUUUCUCAUGCGCGAGAGCGAGAAGAAGACGACGAACGGCGUGAUUUGGUACAUCGUCGGCGUGCUCUUCGUGCUCACGCUCUACCCUCUUGACAUCGCCACCAUAUCUAUCCUUAUAUUAUCGUGGGCCGACACAGCCGCGUCGACGUUCGGCCGGCUCUGGGGGCGCCACACGCCCCCGCUCCCCGCGCACAUCCUCGGGCUCCCGCUCGCCCCGCGCAAGUCGCUUGCCGGCUUCCUCGCCGCCGCGCUCACGGGCGCGGGCAUCUGCGCCGCGUUCUACGCGCACCUCGGCUCGGACGCGGUCCGCGCGGGCGCGAGCUGGGACUUUGUGCGCGGCGUGGCGGCGCAGGGUGUGGACGGCAGCGCCGUGGGGGGCGCAGUGCGCGCGUGGCUGAGGGAGCGCGCGGGCUUUGAGGGUGUGGCUGUUGGCGGGUGGGCCGGGCUCGCUAUGAUCAGCAUCGUGACGGGCGUGGUGGCCGCGUUGGCCGAGGCGUUGGAUUUGGGAUCCGCAGACGACAAUCUGACGCUGCCGAUCAUCUCUGGAGGGUGCAUAUGGGGCUUCCUCAAAGCUCUCAGCUGGUUCUCAUCGUGAGACGUAUACCGCUUCGGCACCGCUGCUCGGCUCUAUGCACGAUCGAACCUCGUCAGGCAUCCUAAUUCGCUGGCACUACCCUAUGCCCGCCCUAGAGAUUGCUACCUUACACUCCAGUGACGCGUUCAAUUUUUUUUCUUGAUUAGUUCCUCCAUAUGCCAUUUGGAUUUGCUCUUCUUUUCAAUUUCAUACAAGUUCCAUCUGUUUAUUAUAUUCUUCUUGUUUUGGUUUGAGACGCGUCUAUACCAGCUUUACAUCGUCACGGCCUUCAAUCUUCACAGAACAUCGUCGUUCAUCCACUGCUUCAUAUAAUUACAUGUCUCUUUUGCCCUUCUUAGUCCCGUCGACCAUUUUCGUCGUCUUGUGGCGAUCAGCUACGUGCCCCGCUUCUAUCUCAUGCUCUAUACUCUAUUCGGCGGUCUCUGUUGUUGUUCAGCGACUCGGCUUCAUUUGUAGUCUGUACACUCGAAUAGGUUGCUUCGGGUUCGGUGCUCUUGCACAUAGAUACGCUUAUUAGCGCUCAAGCUCUGGUGGCCUGGUAGCGGGCAUACUGAAGAUAUUAUCUGCUACAGCCCUAGUCUUUACAAAGGGACGCAACAGCAGUCAUAUGUUC